CUUGCUAAUGUUAUAACUAAAAUGCAGUGUGUCUCUUUUCGAUAUGUAGCUCAAUUAAAACUUCAGAUUGUUGUCAUUUAAUGUGGACAACGUUUAGUAAACAGUUGGCAUGAUUAAUAUUGUUUGGCUUGGCUAACUGGGCUAUAUUUUGGUUCAUAAACGGCUGCCUUUGAAUGUCAAAAGCGUUCAUGUGUUAACAUUUAUCGAUACUAAUAUUAUUAGGCUAGAGUCUAACGUAAUGAUUGUCAACAGUAUUCGACAUCAUCAGUAGCCUAUCACGAUGGCAAGCACCAGUUAAAUCCAGUUGUUAGUUGGUAUCAAUUUUUCGGUAGAUAGGAAGCUAUUGUAGCUAGCUAAAUUUGCCUUCGGGCGAGUUUUAAUUCCUGUCGCACGGUUUUGUUUGCAUAAUGCUAUUAUGGCCAGCUAGCUAGCGAUCUGUGUUGUCUCGCGUAGCUAGAGAAACCAAUGUCAACAAUAUGUUUCGCUGCCACAGGCUGAAUCCACGCGAAUAUAUUCAAUUGCCUCCUGUAGAUAAUAUUUCUUACUUGUUAAAACAAGUUUCCUAUGCAUGUUGUAAUAUGUAGCUAACGCUGGCUAAUGCAGAUUUUAAUUCAAGCUUCCUCGAAAAUUCAGUGCAGACUGUGUCAUCAUUGGCGUAUUAAGGUAGUAUAGAAUCGACUGUGUGGACGACGCAGAAUGGCAUCCCGUGUGCUCUGUAGAAAUUAUUUUAGAUAUUUAAAUACAAAUCCGUGUUCGAUAGACUGGCACAUCCAGGCCGGAAUGAGGUCAAAUGCGGUGGUGUCAAUGGGUAAAAUUUAAGGGAUAAUCUUAGUUGAUUUUGUUUAAUGAAGGUUUGCUUCGUUGACCAGCCCUAGGUACCGAAACUACCUUAAAUGAAUAUCGGUGCUCGUGCGGUUUGCAUUUACGUCAACACGACUGAUGGCUUGCUUCAUAUUUUUAUGCCUUGCACGGUUAUGUAGAUGGGCCGUAUGAAGAUGCCAAAGGCAAACAUCAUUUAGUAGGAUCAUACAGUAUGUACCCUCUGCUAAGGAUAUAUUAAAGAAGAAAGGAAAUAAACCGUAGAUCGUUCAUAUUACCAAGUAGUCUUUUUCUCCCUUCUCAUCUUUGGACAAUAAACUCAACUGUAUUCUGCCAAAGGAAGGUACCAGGGGAUUCUAAAGCACAGAUACACGUUCAAGCAAUGUCUGGAUUGUUUUGACAUAUAGGCUUGUCGUUCGCUGUCGAGUCCCCGAGCGAGGUCAGGGAAGGACCCGGCCACCGACCGCCACGCCAUGAUGGAGGGCGGCAUGCAGCUGCUGAACCGCGACGGCCACAGCAUCUCCCACAAUUCCAAGCGGCACUACCACGACUCCUUCGUCUCCAUGAACCGCAUGCGGCAGCGCAGCCUGCUGUGCGACAUCGUGCUGCACGUGGGCGCCAAGGAGAUCAAGGCGCACAAGGUGGUGCUGGCGUCCUGCAGCCCCUACUUCCACGCCAUGUUCACCAAUGAGAUGUCGGAGAGCCGGCAGACCCACGUCACGCUCCACGACAUCGACCCGCAGGCGCUGGAGCAGCUGGUGCAGUACGCGUACACCGCCGAGAUCGUGGUGGGCGAGGGCAACGUGCAGACUCUCCUUCCGGCCGCCAGCCUCCUGCAGCUGAACGGGGUGCGGGACGCCUGCUGCAAGUUCCUCCUGAGCCAGCUGGACCCGUCCAACUGCCUGGGCAUCCGCAGCUUCGCCGACACGCACUCCUGCAGCGACCUGCUCAAGUCCGCGCACAAGUACGUCCUGCAGCACUUCGUGGAGGUCUCCAAGACCGAGGAGUUCAUGCUGCUGCCUCUCAAACAGGUCCUGGAUCUGAUCUCCAGCGAUAAUCUGAACGUCCCGUCAGAGGAGGAGGUGUACAGGGCGGUGCUCAGCUGGGUCAAGCAUGACAUCGACGGGCGGAGGCAGCACGUGCCUCGGCUGAUGAAGUGCGUGCGGCUGCCGCUGCUGACGCGGGACUUCCUGAUGAGUCACGUGGACACGGAGCUGCUGGUCCGGCACCACUCCGAGUGCAAGGACCUGCUGAUCGAGGCGCUCAAGUACCACCUGAUGCCCGAGCAGCGGGGCGUGCUGAGCAACAGCCGCACCCGCCCGCGCCGCUGCGAGGGGGCCAGCCCCGUGCUCUUCGCCGUCGGGGGCGGUAGCCUGUUCGCCAUCCACGGGGACUGCGAGGCCUACGACACGCGUACGGACCGCUGGCACAUGGUCGCGUCCAUGUCCACGCGCAGGGCGCGGGUGGGCGUGGCCGCCAUCGGGAAUAAACUGUACGCCGUCGGAGGAUAUGAUGGCACCUCAGACCUGGCCACUGUGGAGUCGUACGACCCCAUUACCAACUCCUGGCAGCCGGAGGUCUCCAUGGGAACGCGGCGCAGCUGCCUGGGCGUGGCCAUCCUGCACGGGCUGCUCUACGCUGCGGGGGGUUACGAUGGCGCUUCCUGUUUGAACAGCGCCGAGAGAUUUGACCCCCUGACCGGCACCUGGACCUCCGUCGCGGCCAUGAGCACCAGGAGGAGAUACGUCCGCGUGGCCACACUGGAUGGAAAUCUGUAUGCGGUGGGUGGAUACGACAGCUCUUCACACUUGGCAACGGUAGAAAAGUAUGACCCUCAGAGCAACGCCUGGACCGCCAUCGCCAACAUGCUGAGCCGCCGGAGCAGCGCCGGCGUGGCCGUGCUGGAGGGCAUGCUCUAUGUCGCCGGGGGCAACGACGGCACCAGCUGCCUCAACUCGGUGGAGAGGUACAACCCGAAAACCAACACGUGGGAGAGCGUGGCGCCCAUGAACAUCCGCAGGAGCACGCACGACCUGGUGGCGAUGGACGGCUGGCUGUACGCGGUGGGCGGGAACGACGGCAGCUCCAGCCUCAACUCCAUCGAGAAGUACAACCCGCGCAGCAACAAGUGGGCGGCGGCCUCCUGCAUGUUCACCCGCCGCAGCAGCGUGGGCGUGGCCGUGCUGGAGCUGCUCAACUUCCCGCCGCCCUCCUCCCCCACCCUCUCCGUCUCCUCCACCAGCCUUUGACAAAGAGCCCAGCCCCGCCAUGCCCCGGGCCCCGGUCCCGGCCCCAGCGCUGGCCCCGGGCCCGGGCCCUCCUCCCGCCCGCCCUGCCUGUCCAAGAGACGCAACUGCUCCGUCUGACCCCCGAGGAGGGGGGCCACGCGGGCGGAGGGGCGGCUGAGGACGGCGGGGCGGAGGACGGCGGAGGCGGAGGAAGGGGAGGGGGGCGAGAGCAGGGAGGAGUCGGGUCCGGCGGUGGCGGGGAGGGAGAGACGGAAGCGCCCGGUGCUGUGCUGUUCUGCAGCCUGAGUUCCAUCAGAACUCUGUUACCAUGGAGAUGCUAGGUCGUCUGGGGGGAACGCUUCGGCAUCCCUCGGAUGCCGGCAUUCCCAAAAAAACACACACCUGCCCCUGCCCACGCUCACCUGGGCAACACCCCAACCUCAGAGUGCAAGCAGUCACUUUUUGUAUCAUAAUUUCCAUGUACUGUAGUAUAACCUCUUUCUGUUCUUGUUGGGUUUUUUUUUUUUUUUUUAAUUAUUGCUAUAAUAUUAUAAUACAAAAUUAUAUUUAUUCUAUAUAGGAAUCUAGCUGUUGACUGAAUCUGCCUUGCAUGUUUACUGAAUUCGAUCCUCUUUGGCAGAAUAUUAGGCUGCAGCGCUGCUGUGUCACAGUAGGUGGCAGUAACGAGCAAUGGUGUUACCUUUUUACAAACUGCAAACAGGCUGACAGGUCGGGGCAGUGAUGCAGUGCAGAACUGUGCACUUGCAGAAAUGUGUCACUGCCGCAGUUCCUGGCAAGCUUGAAAAAAAUGAAGUAUGGAACAAUCAACAGUAUUCUUAAGAAAUAUAACUAUAAAUAAUAUUUAUUAGAGAGAUAUAAUUUCAAGAACAAAUUCAGACAACUUGAACUUUUUUGGGAGGAUCUUAAGUGGUGGUCAGUGAACUACAAUUGUUGGGUGGUGGGCGGUGGGUGGUGGGUGGUUGGCAUGGGGUAUAGGUAACUUGUCCUGAACCCGUUUUAAUUGAUUGCUCAGUUUGACAGCUUUACUAAUGAUCACCCACCAGCAGCACGUUUCUUUUUUACCUCAGUUGUGUCUAAUAUGGCUGCAUUACACUCACAUACUUCAUAUACAGUCAUUUUGAUUGUAUCAUUUUUUUGGACAAAGGAAGCGUGCGCACGAAGCACAGUCAGAGGGAAUUAGCACCUGACCUGACGGGUGAUUCAAAGUUAAUUAGGUCAGUUUGUUCAACAUGCAUACCCAAAGCAGGUUGAGUCUAGGCAUGGUUGUUGAUCCUGGAGUGGUGCUGGGGGGUGGAUAUGUCCCCCCUCAACUUUCGGAAGUCAAAUGCGCCCCCCCCCCCCCCCAAAGAAAAAAAAAGAAUCCUAAAGAAAAUUUCCUUAAAUGUCCCUUAUAUUUAUUUACAAAUGAAUUUUAAACUUAAAAAUAUCUGUUAUAUAUUAUUUUGGAAAGAUCCGUAAUUUAGUGAAAAAUUUUUAAAAAGAAGAAUAAAGUACGUGGAGUGUGUUCAGUGAGCAUUGAAAUGUGUGACUGUGAUGGUGCAGUGAAACGUAAAGAUGGAAACGUGAUUGGAACAAAAUUAGUUUAGCCUUAAUAUUAAUGCUUUUAUUACUUAUGAAGAUGUAAUCAUAGGAAUGGUGUAUUGUGGGAAUGUCGGCACGUUAGCAUUGCUAUCUCUCCUGGAACACCGCACAGGAAAUGGCUCAAAGACCAAAUUAUAGUACACAGGGACAAAACCGGAACCUUAAUUUUACUAGUCCUCCCAAUUCUUCCCUCUCCUUGCGUUAUUUAUUAAUUUGCUUCACUCCCAGUACUGCAUUAAAAUCUCAGUAAAAAACAAACAAACAAACAAACAAAAAAACAUUUUUAAUGCUCCACAUUAUUUAGACGGCGAUGAUCAUUGUCAGCUGACUGAGUGACUGAACUGCAUGCCUUUUCUCAAAUAUUAUCUGUGAUAAACACAUGAAAUACUGUAUACUGGGAACCUUGGCCUACUUAGUAUUAGAUAUUGUAAACAUAGAGUAACAUUUGAACACAUUCCAUCCAUCACCUCAUUGGUUGGCUCGUCCAUUUACCCACCACCUGUGUGCACAUUUUUUAUUAAAAGUAUUAAAUCUAAAGACCAUUUUCAUUGACUGUCAGAUUUUUUAUUUUAAUCAACUGUUAUAUUCCUUUAUCAUGCAAACUCAGCAGUAAAAUCAGUAUGGGUCACAAAUUAAGGCUUAAUCUGAAUCUAAAUCAGUAGUUGUACAAAAUGAAAAUCAGUAAAGAAGGUGUGUGGGGUCAGUUAUGCAUUGACCUGAUGUACAAUCUGACUGCUGAAUGACUUUAGUUUACUCUCUGAUGUCUGUUUCAGUUCUCCAUGUAGUGACACAUUCACAGCAUUGCAUGAUAGCAUUUGCUAAAUUAAAAGUGCAACUGUAAUCACACAAAAGCAAAAUGGAGGGAAGUAGUGUUGCUUUUAAGAGUCACACAGAAAAUUGUUCCAUACGGUCACCAAAUGGUGUCAGCGCUCACUACAUGCUUCGGUGUAAAUGUAGCAUAUUAGGACUAUGGUAUGAUCACAAACUUCUGAGAAGUUACAUUUUCCUUUUUUUGAAGGAUUCUGCUUAUCAGACAUAGCUUGUUGUACGUAGGGGGUGGUGAACAGCAUUGUGAAUGAAUUGCAUCUUAUUUUCUGUUUUUAGUUUUGCUUCUGUAUUGAUGAUGAUGAUGAUGAUGAUAGUGAUGGUGAUGGUGAUGAUGAUAUUGUUGAUGAUGACGACGAUUAGGAUGUUGGUCACUGUGUCAUGUUCUUGUUCAUAAUGGGUCAGGACCAUGGAAGAAUGUUGUGCUACACACAAACUUGGCCUUUUAUUUUUUGCAAAUACCGUGUAUAAAUGUUAACUAAGUAUAAAUAUCCAAUGAGGCAUUUGCUUGAUGUUGAUGUAAAUGUAUUUUUUUUUUCAGUUCUAACUUAUUCAAAGUGAUGUGCAUUAUUUAUUCAUGUGUAAAUUAUGUUUGCUGUAUUUAUGUGGAAACUAACUAAAUUUUGCACUACGGUCAAAAGAGAAGAGCAAUACACUCCUGUAUAAACACGAAUAAAGAGGUUUUUCAAGGAGAGUUA